AUACUGGCGAGCGACGGAGCCACCGUUGACAGAUGGGAAAUCGUCCCCGAGGCCGAACGAUCCAAGGAUGUGGGUAUUCACAUGAUGUCCAUAGGAAUCGGUACUCCGGCGGCUUCGCGAGCUGAAGGAGAUGACCAGUAAACCGUCCCAGCUCAACUCCUUCUCUCUUAGGACAUUCUCAGGGCUGACGAACCUUACAUCCAGCAUCGUUGGGGCAGUUUGCAUAGACCCCAAUCCAUGUUCCAGCAAUCCGUGUGUAAAUGGAGGGACUUGCCAACCGAGUAUAAAUACUUACCAGUGCCUCUGUCCAAAAGGCCAGAUCGGCGCUAAGUGUGGACUAAGUUGCUCCCCUAAAGAUGUCACUUUCAUUCUCGACAUGUCCCGGAGCAUUGACCAUAAACAGUUCCAGAAACUUCUUACGUUCCUCUCCAAACUCGUGGAAAAACUUGAAGUAGGAGUGGACGGAAUGCAGAUCUCCAUGGUAACUUACAGCGACCACGCCCAUGUUGUUUUCGGUUUGCAGCGAUACACGGAGAAAAAAGAAGUGAUGCAUUCAAUAUUGAACUCUGGUUAUAUACCAGGAGCUGCAAAUACCGCUGAUGCACUUGACUACACAGCAGAAUAUGUCUUCAAGGAAGAAUACGGCGACCGAAGCUGGGCGGAAAAUAUCGCCAUUUUAAUAACGGACGGCGAAUCCAACAUCGACCGCCAUUUGACAGUGCCAGCUGCGGAGAAGUUAAGAGCUACAGGAACAACUGUGCUAGGUGUUGGCAUUCGACUUGAGAACACGGACGAACUUCACGCCAUUGUUGGCGAUAAGUCAAACAUUUUCGAAGUGUCUAGACUCAGACGGUUACCUGCUCUAACAGGCAGACUGAUACCACGUUUAUGCAAAUCGUCAGUUCAUUUAACAACAACGACCACGGCAACCGCGUCUAGCACGGACUCAAGCCCUAGUUCCGAAUUUUCGGGGGUUGAAUACUACGAGGAUUAUUACCAAGAUUAUGAGGAUUAAAGAUUAAUCCUAAUCUAGACAAAUUAUAUUUUCGAUGAUAUUCAGUGUAUAUGCAAACCUGAUGUUUAUCUUCUGUAUAUUUUUGGUUCCUUUUUUUAAAUUUGGUUUUCAUGUUUUUAUCAUUGCAAGAGGAUUAUAUUAAAUUAGAAUUUUACUAGGGAAAAAAAUUAGUUUCAUUUUCAUUCUGCAAAAAAAAUGCAAAUGCCAAGCAAAGUCGUUUCAUAGAGUUUGUCAUUAGUGUAAGCUUAGAAACACAACACGUAGAUGAAGUCCUACCCUUCCAAAACCUAAAUAUCCUAGUUUCCCCAAAAGGUUAAAUUUAACAGACAGUCUGUUAUCUGUAUGAUGCUAGAAUGUAUUCUGUUAUUACCACAGAUUAUUCUGUUAAAUAUAACACUUAUUUUAUUAAUUCAACAUAAAGAUCGUACUAAGGCAAUAAAAUUUUGAAUGUGACAAAGUGCUCUAUCAUGAUAACCUAAUACAUUCAAACAGCACUAUUCAGACAACAGAAUUUCUGUUAAAAUUAACAGAUUAUGGAAAGCGCGUCAAUAUGUUGUCGCUUUGAUCUUAUUUAAGUGUAGACUACCAUUUUAGUCAUGUCCUGCUAGUCGUCAAAACGAUACAUGUAAGUGAAGGUCCAAGCUGAUCUACAUUUACGCCUUAUGUCAGUUCAGUUAUGCAUGCAACAGUUAGACUACGCAUCAUGUAACACGCUUAACCGACUAUGCAAAUGCUUUCUCGAUGUGUGAAUGAUUUACCGAUUGUGAAAAUGUACCUAUAUGUCCCUUUCAGGCUAGUGUUGAUCGAUGUACCACCACCGGUGACAGUAUCACGAGGAGCAAUCAUACUAUGCACACGAUUUUGUCUGUAUUCUCUCAUGAAAUAAACUUAUAUUUAUUUUGGAAGGUAAUAUCCUUCCAAGUUUAUGCUA